CUUGCGCAUUCGAGAACGGUGGGCUGUAUCGUCAGGUGCCGUCCGUCGUCGUUGUGCCUUGAGAUUCGAUGGUGUCGCCCAAUGCGAUCGUCCCGGACCCUGGGCCAUCCGCCGUGGCGCGGGCUCCGCCUCCAUCCGCUGGUUCGUCGUGGGUUCCGCGGGCCAAGACAGGUCUUAACUUGGCCAUCAGCGCCAUCGGCGUCUUCCUCGUCGGGUUUGACGUGUUUGCCAACAACUGGUCGCUCAACUGCUACAUUGGGAACGCCAUGCAUGUCCGCACCGCCGUCAUGGACAUGAAGACGUACGAGGACGUGCACACGCGCUAUGUGUUUUCCACACAGGACAACUGGGACUCCAUAUCGCCGAUCCCCCGUGCGCUUCUCGCGAGGCACAUGGACCAACUCAUCACCAACGACGACACCGUUUACUUUCUCGCUGCCGGCAUGCAUGAAAUCGGCCCCAACACGCCCGAUCUCUGCCGCGAUCUUGAAAGGUCGUACUCGGUCCGAUUUCCGCGCAACGCGACCAACACAACGGCGCGCCUCGCCGUCGCCAUGGACUAUGUUACAUACAUCCGCGGCGACGCGCUCAGCCACAUCUUUGGCACGACCGCGACGGACCCCGUGCCUGGUCCUGAUGCGACCAAGGAUGACCUGCUGAAACUCGGAUACGAAGCGGGCCUGUUCACUGCCGACCUCCGGAUGACGUUGGGGCUUCCCGUGUCGACCGACGACAUCGCGCCAAGGACGGAGCAGGUCCUCAUGUAUCGCAUCUUCGCCAAGACGUUCAACACGGGCGGGACGCCGAUGGCCGAGCUCGGCGUCGAUAAUUGCAACGUCACGUACGUGUGGAAUGCCACGACCGACAUGGUCGACGUUGUAUCUUCGACAGUCAUGCUCGGAGAUGUCCACAUUUUGGCCAUUAUCAUCGAGCGCAGCCAAACCGCGAUCCUCGCGUUCUACUUGAAGGUGCUGGCGUUGAUCAUGGUCGUCGCGGGGUACGCGGCCAGCGCCAAGACUGUGAUUUGGAUCGACACGGACAAGCAGCUCGCGUGGCCGUGGUUCAAGCGCAUGUACCACAAGUUUGCGCCCGACCUGUACCGCCACCCGAGCCACGCACUCACGAUCCAGUUCAUUUGCUACAACAGCGACCUGUUUGUGUUCUUGUACGUGGUCACGGUCGUCUUGGACGAAAACAUCGCGAUGAAGUUUACGCGCGAAAUGAACGAAUGGAACAAGUGGAAUCCCGACUUUUGGGUGUCGGUGCAGAUUUACUCGAUGAGCUUUCGAUGGCUCUGGAUCAACUGCUUCUUUGUCAAACUUCUCAAGCUCUUGAGCCACACGAUCAGCUUUGCCCAGUACAGCGGACACAAUUGGCUCGUCGGGUUUUUCAACUUUAGCUCGGUCGUCCCGAUCUACCUGAGCUCGAUUGCGCUCAUGGCGCGCCACCAAUUCAUCGACUACAGCAACAGCGUGCGCCAUGACCUGUCGUCCCACGUCGAGUCGCUCGACGGGACGGACCUCGAUCUGUUUGCGUCGUGGUAUGUCCGGUGCUUUGAACCGAUGGCCCUUGUCAUUUUUGUCAACUUGAUCGUGAUUCUCGCGCUGGAUCGAAUGAUCAACUACAAAUGGUGGUCCUGUAUUGCGAAAAACUCCCUCGGGCGCCAGUACAUGUACAACUCGACCUCCAUCCUGUGUGGCAUCGACCGCAUCCAAGACAAGGCCGACGGCGCGCCUGGGCAUGCGAUCAUCCUUCCAGCUCGAAAGCUCUGCACGCUCCGGUGGUUCCUCUCGAGCCAUCUCAUCUGCUUCGGCCUGCAAGAAGACCCCAAGAGCAUUCGAUUGUGGGCGUCGUCUGUGAUGCAGUCCAAGUCGGCCAUGUCGAAAGUGAGCAGCAAUGCCCAAACCAGCCCAAGCAAAGCUCAAGUGAACAACACCAAGGUACCGACGGACGAUCCGUCCAGCGGGAUGCUCCUCGUAGGACAAGACCAGGACGGGUACAUCCACCUCAUGGACGAGAACAAGCGCGACGUGAAAGCGCUCGCGAUCGAAGUUAAAAUCCUCCGUGACAGCACAUUCUGCAUUACAUGAUAAUCCAUGUUGUACAUUCAAACAAGGGACAAUAUGGACAACGCAAUGCGGCCGCCGCUCCAUCGACAAAGCAUCUCGAACCAGAGAGAGAGAGCGACGGAGGCAGAUCGAAGUGUUCUCGAAGUCUUGGCAUCGACCCAGGUAUAUUUGACACAAUCGUGCAAAGCCAUCCUCGACGUUUCUGCUGUGUUUCGCGUUGGACCAGCGGUAGGGCACGAUAGCGUUUCUCGGCGAGAUGUCAGAGAGCUUAGGAUCGAUGCAGCUCUUUGCAUCUUCCGUCACCCGAUCCUGACGUGCGCAUCCCCCGCGCUGUCCACAAGCUCCCCUCGCGAGACGGCGAAACGACUGAGGAAAAUGGGACAAACUCGUUUCUUACCAAGAAAACAACGCUUGAUUG